AUGACUGAUUACAUUUCUAUUAUACCAAACGAAAUACUUUACAAGAUCCUAUCUAGUCUAUCACCCUUUGACCUUUCAAGAGUACGAAAUGUGUCUAAAAAAUUUAGAUACAUGUCUGACCAUCCAGCACACUGGAAGAGUAUCAUAUUGGACCCAAAGGAUGACAUGAGGCACGACACAUCACCCUUUCUGUGGAAUCAAAAAGACUUGAAGAACAUUCUCCAACCUCACCUGGCUGUCAUUGAGAAGAUACAUAUAUGCGGUGUCCGUGACAAUGUGAUACAAUACCUUUUACUGGAAUGCUCCAAUCUGAGAGAAUUGACCAUUUGUGGAUGGCUGACACUAUCCGAGCACUCGUUUCGUAUCCCCUUGGAAAAGAAAAAGACGCCGUUAUUAUUGCGCAGUCUAAGGCUUAUUGGCGACACUCAACAAUUGACCAAUUUCAUCUCCUUAGACUCCACCACACUCGGCCAACUCAUUACAAAAUGCCCUUAUUUGGAAGAAUUAUCUGUCAAUUGUGAGGUUCACUUUCAAGCCGAAGGUUUACUCAAAUCCCUCAAGAUGGCGACCUCUCUUGCACUCAAGACACUCGUCAUUGCUACCAAACGAACCUGGGCCAGUCAACAUAUCACAGAACUUUUUGAAUACUGUAAACAUCUCGAGUUCUUGGGUCUUAUGCCAGAUGGUGCAAGUAUUGGCCAUGUGAAUGAACAAAAGACAUACUUUUCAGCAGAGACGUUACUCAAAGCUGUCUUGUCCAACACACAAAAGGAAAGCGCAGAUCGCACCAGCGAAAAGGUUCUUUUGGAAAAACAUUCACUUCCAGUCGAAGAAGAGGAAAUGGCAGCCUUUCACAACAUUGCUAUCUUUAGUGGACUAUAA